CCACAGCCUUGACCGGUUGACCGGUCAAGUUGGGAACCGAACAACCUCCAUUUAGAUGAUUGUAUAACGAUGAUCCCCCAAGGUGCGCAGAAGAGAGCGCUCGGGAAAGUAUAAAUGCGCACCUUGCAAAUCCUCCAGAUAACUAAUUCACCACAAUGCGACUUUUGGUCGUAACUACUUUAGCUCUCUCACAGGCCUUGGCCGUGCUCUCUCAAUACGCUGAGGCAGCCUUCCAGGUUUCGUUUUGUUCUUCUAGUACCUGUGAGGAUAAAGCUAGGCAAUCAGGCUUGCCCACCGAUGGUUGGGAAAUAGUUUUCAACGACGGCGGUCGAUCGAAAUGCCGUCGGGUAACUGCUCAAGAACUCGAAAUCUGCUGUGGUACCGAGUAUAUCGACGCGGACACCAAAGCCAAGAUGUGUUGUGAAGAUGUGAGUGGUCUCACAUGGAUCGACAGGCCUGCAAACUUAGCCAAGUGCUGCGCCAAGGAUCAAGUAUGGAUGUUCGAUAACGGAGAUGAUCGUACACGCGGAGGGUGCUGCAUGGUUGGUUUACAGUUGUACAAUGGGAACUGUGUCCCCCCUCGUCCACAGUGCCCGCCUGGGACAUACUCGAUCGAUGACCGAUGUGUCCCGAUCGUUGCCCCUCCGCGUUGCCCGCCUGGGACAUACUUGAACAAUGGCCAGUGUGUCCCGAACAUUGAUCCCCCUUCGUGCUGCGCGCCUGGGACAUACUUGGUUGAUGGCCAGUGUGUUCCGAACAUUGAUCCCCCUCCGCGUUGCUUGCCUGGGACAUACUUGGUUGAUGGCCAGUGUGUCCCGAACAUUGAUCCCCCUUCGUGCUGUGCGCCUGGGACAUACUUGGUUGAUGGCCAGUGUGUUCCGAACAUUGAUCCCCCUCCGCGCUGCCCAUCUGGGACAUACUGGAACAAUGGCCAGUGUCUCCAAAACAUUCCUCCCCCCCCACGCUGCCCGUCUGGGACAUACUGGAAUGAUGGCCAGUGUCUCCAAAACAUUCCUCCCCCGCCGCGCUGCCCGUCUGGGACAUACUUGGUUGAUGGCCAGUGUGUCCCAAACAUUCUUCCCCCUCCGCGCUGCCCGUCUGGGACAUACUGGAAUAAUGACCAGUGUGUCCGAAACAUUCCUCCCCCUCCGCGCUGCCCGUCUGGGACAUACUUGGUUGAUGGCCAGUGUGUCCAAAAUCCGAACGGCAACUGCCAGUUUGGAAACUGCAAGCAAGAUGGUCAGUGUAAUGGUCUUGGCUGUGUCGGACCCUCAUACGCAUACAAUAAUUAUCCGGUCAAUGGAUAUGGCAACUACCUGUAAGGAUGAUAGUGAGUU